AUGGAGGUGGCCGAGAGCAGAGAGCCUGCUUCUGUUGGCCCGCCAACAGGGCUUGACGCUACUCUCACCAAUGGCGAUGAAAAUCUUCUGCUAGAUGAUUCGCUCAUGGAUGAUGGACGAUCAAGUAGUUUGAGCGAGAUCGACGACGACUUGGACAAUGAGCCCUCGGACUAUGACGUGUCCCCCAAGCCCGAGAGGUUGGCGCCCGAGAACGACUCGGAGGCUGAAACGGAGCGCAUCGAAGAUUCCCCCAACCAUUUUCGCAAAACAAACAUCGUUGUAAGCGGCUAUGGCCCCAGUCCUAGCAAAUUGGCUCAGUCCACGACAUAUGACGACGCGGAGAUCGAGGACGAGCAUCUUGAGGAUUCCCCCACCAAGCCUCGCUCAAAGCCCAAUGGGAUUACCGACCUCACCGAAGUGUUGCCAGACCUGGAAGACUCUACACUAUCCGAAGGAGCUGGAAAGAAGCGCAAGCGGCCUGAAUCUGCUGAGGAAUUUGAAGCAGAGUCAGGUGACGAUGAGCCACCUCAGAAGCGCCGUGGAUCCGUGAAAAGCGAACUGAGUGACCCUCCUGCCGAUGAUAUCGUCCUGACCCCCGAGCCAAUUGAAGAAUCGUCUAAGGCCAUCGAGGAAGAUACUCCGGCCGAUGAUAUACCCGAGUCCGACUUACCCAUAGCACCAGCAAAAGGCAAGAAAGGCAAAAAGGGAAAACGAAAAGGGCGGAAACCCCGUGAUGCCGCUGAUGAUGACAUUGAUAGCGGUGUUGUUGAUACUGGUGCAGAGGGCCCUGGUGAUGAAGGAGAAGAUGACCAAGCAGAGCGCGCGGACGACGCCGAUGACGGCGACGCGGCUGCAAAACUUGAGGAAGAAUCUAAGAGGAUGUCCGCCAUGGAGUCUUUAGCAGUUUUGGAGAAGGAAUUUGCAACCUUGCGCGACAAGAUAUAUGACGAAAGGAUAUCCAAACUGAAUCGGGAAUUGGAAAUGCUCACCGGACCUAAUCCGACCCAUCCUGAGUUUCUGCGACAACUUGAGUGUGUGAAGCGACACCGUGAUGCAAAGAUUCAAUACGAACACACUCUGUUCCAAUAUCGUCUCCAGGCUCUGAUGAACAAGAGUCUGGCGGAGCGGACUCAGACGCACAGUACGUUUUUCCAACGGAUCCGGGACACUCGUGAGAGGCAUUCCAGCGCCGUCAGCAAGCAAUUCUACGCUAUUCAACACGAUCGAUUCAAGACAGAAGAGCUCAGCGCACAACACUACAUACCUUUCCCCACCCGACGUUCACAGCAGAUUGCACAUCAAACUGCGUACAACCAAGAAGUGUCUAUCAUGGCCGGUGUCGCCAAAUAUGUUGGUUUCCCAGCCGCGCCAUCAUUGUCACCUGCGCGGCCCUCCGAGCUUGACGAAGACAUGGAAAAGAUGGGCAUCUCGAUCGAAACGCGAGUGCCCAUCUCACAUGCUUCGUCACAUUUACCACGUGGGGCAAUGCCAGCCAUGUCUUCGAACGCAUUUCGCACAGCUGCAGAGGAGGCUUUCUUAGAACAAACUCCAUGGGCCAACCCGCAACAUCCCAUCCAUCAACAGCAACAAUUACCACCGAGACCACAGAGUCGCGUAUUUGAAAAUCCACAUAACUCGUCCUUUACAACUCCAGCUGCUCAGAAACGCGUUGUGGACAUCAAUGCUCCCAAUGGCUCGGCGUCGACGAUUGCGGAAAACCCCUCGGCUGCGAAUUCGUCAGCAAAUAACACGCCGUACGGGACAGAACAGGACCACCAGCAUCAUGGCUUUGGGCAGUUCGCGCAUCCCGACUAUGAGGCUGAACGCAAAUCUGGGUUUCGAUCACUAACUUCCUCUCCGCUGGACGUACGAAAACCACCUCCAUCUUCGUAUGCUACGUUAGAUCAUCGAGCUCCCCAGGCAGCAUCGCCUCGCAACUCCGCCUGGUCACCACCACCCGCACGAAUUGGGCUUUUCCAUUCAGCUGCUUCAAAACAAGAUUCAUCGCCUCCCCCACCUCCAAAACCGGUUAAUUCUAUACACUCGUCGUCGGGGAUACUCACUGGUUCCGGCUCCGGUCAAAUGACAGCCCGGUAG